AGGCUCAACUUAUAGGAGUAGUACUUAUAAAACUUGGGACUUCUUCUCCAUUCAUUUCUCAGUUCUCACAACUCGCAUCUUGCAGCUUUUCAAUAAUUGUUAAUUGGAGGAGCAACCUAGACUCCAUUGAAGAACCUCUUUGUUUCUUGAGAUACUCAUCUGUCGAGGAGGAAAAGCUUGGUUGUUGUUUGGCUAGGAUUUUUUUUUUUUUUUUUGGAUUUGUGCAACACAUAUUAUAUUACGACGAUAAUUUCUGAGAAAAUGGAGAUGGGAAAGGCAGCGAAUUACGAGAACGAACUGGCAACCGAGUUGAGAUUAGGUCUGCUGGGGACAGACCAUCAUGAACCGGAGAAGCAAUCUUUCCCUUCCAGCCUCGUCAUCAAGAGCAACAAGAGAUCUUCAUCAGAAAUGGAUUAUAAUUCCUCUGACAAGUGUGACCAAGAUUGUGCUCCGCCUCCCAAGGCACAAGUAGUUGGGUGGCCACCGGUUCGAUCUUACAGGAGAAAUGCUCUCCAGCAGCAAAAGAAAACCGAGAGUGAUGUUUCGGGGAUGUACGUGAAAGUGAGCAUGGACGGAGCUCCAUACCUCAGGAAAAUCGACCUUAGGGUUUACAAAAACUAUCCCGAGCUGCUCAAGGCUCUAGAGGUCAUGUUCAAGUGCACCAUCGGUGUGUAUUCAGAAAGGGAAGGAUACAACGGAUCUGACUAUGCACCCACUUAUGAAGACAAGGAUGGAGACUGGAUGCUAGUUGGAGAUGUUCCAUGGAAUAUGUUCGUCUCCUCUUGCAGAAGGCUGAGAAUCAUGAAAGAAUCCGAAGCCAAAGGCCUUGGGUGUUUGUAGUUGCAGGACGUACGCCGGCGGAUAAAUUAGAAGAAACAAAAUUAACUACUACAGCCGGCCCGGCAUAUAGCAUAGUAGUAGUAGCAUUUGUCACUGCACCCACGUACUCGCAAAUUAAACAUGGACUACUGCUACGGUGCUACCACCGCCAGGCGCCACCAAAGAAUUCUCCUUCAACCAACGCCUUGGGUUCUCCAAGAAAAAGAAAGACUCCUCGCUCGCUUUCUAGCUUAGUCAUGAUCAGAUUCAACACAGAUCCGCUCAUCAGAUCAGGUGUACAGAUUUCGAUCUGAUGGCUUUCUUUGUGACUCUGGAUUCCUAAUUCUUUAGUAUCCCAUAGCCUUGCAGGGUGCAUGUCUUUA